GGCGGCAGCAGCAUCGCACAUCCACUUUACCCUCGUCUAUCUGCCCUGGCAGCUUGGCUUUCGCCUCCUGUUCCCCACAUUCAGAGUGGCAUGAGGUCCGUGUGCAACGCGGCAGACUUCCUACUCCUUCAUUCCCCUCACUACCGCCGACUAUCGCCUUCCUGAUUCCCACCUCUACACUUUCCCUUCCCAUCCCAUCCCAUCCCAUCCCUUCCCAUCCCUUUGCAUCCUACCCCCCCCUCACCUUCUCCUGCUCCGUCCCCACUAUUUCCUGCCUUGACACCGGCCACGAUGUCUGCCACUCCCAAGCUCGCUCCGCCGCCGGUGCGCAAGGCCACCGAUAUCUGGUCAGAGACUCAGAUCAAGGUCAUGUCUGCCAUCACCGAUGCCAUCGUCCCGGCAUUGGAAGGUCCGGCGGCGGCGGACUGCAUCGCCUCUCUCCCAGCCACUGCCUCUGACGUGCAGCGUGAGCUCGUAUCUCAAUUCGCUCACGAAGGCUUCGCCACGCACCGAUACCUCCUGGACAAGUGGGCUCGCCAAGCUUCUGUCUCUCUCAGCAAGGCGACCCUCAACGACAUCAACCUCCUUCUCACCGUCUUGGGCACCCGUCUCGGAUGUCUGGCCCUCACUGGCCACAUCGGACCCUACUACGACCUCGACCGGAAGCAGCGUGAGGGAGCCAUCUUCACCUGGGCCAAGUCUCCCAUUUCUCUCUUGAACAAGGCUGCAUCUGGCAUCAAGGGCCUGACGCUCCUGACUUACUACAAGAGCAACCCCACGGCAUGGAAGGCCAUUGGCUACUUCGAUGGCGCAGCAACAGACUGGUCAGAGGCAGCCCAAGAGGAACAAGCACUGCAGCCUUACCAGUACAAGUUCGAGAAUGAGCGCAUCGCCGACAUGCCCCCGGACGCAGAGAUUGUCAUCGAUACCGACGUUCUCAUCAUCGGAAGCGGCUCUGGUGGUGGCGUGGUGGCGCAUUACCUUUCCAAGCGCGGUGUCAAGACACUAGUGGCGGACAAGGGCAUCUACAUGCAGCCCAAUGACAUGCGCGGUAGCGAGGACGAAGGCUUCACAACACUUUACGAGGCCGAGGGCAUUCUGCCCACCGAGGACGGUUCAGUCAAUGUCUUGGCUGGUUCCACAUUUGGUGGAGGAACUACGAUCAACUGGUCUGCUUCCCUCAAGCCGCGCCACUACGCUCGGAAAACGUGGGCCGACAAGUACGGACUGCCCUACUACACUUCUCCACUCUUCACCGAUGACCUCAACGCAGUCUGUGACAGGAUGGGUGUCGCUAUCAAGCCCAUCAAGCACAAUGUCAGCAACUCCCUCUUGGCCAUUGGUGCUCAACGCGCCGGUCACCCGGUAGAAGCCGUGCCGCAGAAUUCUGGCGGCCACACCCACUACUGUGGCAAGUGUCAAUUCGGCUGCAUCUCAGGCCACAAGCAGGGCGCCACGGUUACUUGGCUGCGAGACGCUGCAGAAAAUGGCGGUGCUUUCCUCACCAACACUUUCAUCCAGCGAAUUCUCUUCGACAAGAAGACCGGAAGGAAGGCCAUUGGAGCUAUUGCCACUGUUGAUGGUCGUCAGGUGACCAUCAAGGCCGAGCGCGGAGUGGUAGUCAGCGCUGGUUCCAUCCAGACGCCUGCCAUUCUAUUGCGGUCACCCGAACUCAGGUACAACAAGAUGAUCGGCAAGACCCUCCACCUGCACCCAACGACGGUCAUCACGGGUUACUACGACUUCCCGGUCAAGCCCUGGGAAGGCUCAUUGUUGACCAUCGUCGUCAACGGUUCCGAGCUCGUAGACCCGGAGGGAUGGGGCGCGAAGAUCGAAGUCAUCGCCUCCUCUCCCGGUAUCACCGCCGCCUUCUCCAGCUUCGUAUCCGCCGAAGAGCACAAGAAGAACAUGCUACGCUACGCCCACUCCUACACCAUGAUCAUUCUCACCCGUGACCGUGACCCUGGUCAGGUCGUCCUCGACCAGGAUGGCAACGCUCGUAUGAACUACUCUGUCUCUAAGCACGACCAGAAGUCAGCUCUGGAGGCAAUGGUCAAGGCCUGCGACAUUCACAUGAUGGCUGGAGCUAGCCAGAUCUCGACGGUGCAAGUGGGCGUGCCGCCGUUCAAGGCCAAGCUCAAGGCGCCUCCCAGCGCUCACCACGCCCAGACGUACCCAGAGAGCACCAGUCUGCCCUCGACGUCCAUUCCCGUAGACUCUGUUCCAAACGACCUCAAUGACCCGGCAUACAAGGAAUGGAUCGGCCAGGUGAGAAAGGUGGGAGCUCGUCCCUACCACUGCACCUUUGGUUCGGCCCAUCAGAUGGCCUCGUGCCGUCGUGCGGCCACACCGGCGCUGGGAGCUUGCGACCCCGAAGGGCACGUCUGGGGAACCAAGAAUCUGUGGGUGGCUGAUGCAUCGAGUAUCCCUGAGUCUUCGGGUGUGAACCCAAUGGUGACUACCAUGGCCACGGCCUGGGGGAUCAGCAGGAACAUUGCCCGGGAGUUGGGCAUUGAGACGGACGAGGGACAAGUGAGACGAGGCCAGAUGGAGAUGAGGCAGGCCAAGAUGUAAUGGCCGCGAGAGCCCUAUGAGCGCCUUUAAGGCGGGUGUCUCACCUUGUAGCUGUCUUUCCCGUAUGUGAUGUCCUAAUUUACGAACUCUUAUUUGAGCGUUGCAAGUCUGGCGAGUGAGCCGUGUGCGUCUGCCAUGGUCCCUCUCUUGGCGGGUCUGGAC